CUUUCGCCGUUCCUCUACUGUUUCAUCUUCGUCUCUCUCUCUUUACUUCACUCAAAGCUCAGCGAAAAUGGUUCAACGUCUUGUGUACCGGUCACGUCACUCUUACGCCACCAAGUCUAACCAGCACCGCAUUGUCAAGACUCCUGGUGGGAAAUUGACUUACCAGACUACGAACAAGAGAGCUAGUGGACCUAAGUGCCCUGUUACUGGCAAGAGGAUCCAAGGAAUUCCACAUUUGAGACCUGCUGAGUACAAAAGGUCAAGGUUGUCGAGGAACGAGAGAACAGUGAAUCGUGCCUAUGGUGGUGUUCUAUCUGGAGUAGCUGUUAGGGAGAGGAUCGUCAGGGCCUUCUUGGUGGAAGAGCAGAAGAUUGUCAAGAAGGUUUUGAAGCUUCAAAAGGCAAAGGAGAAGACUGCACCAAAAAGUUAGAAAAAAAAAAAGUUACAAUACGAGUGAUGAAGAGGAUCUUUUUUGUAGGAUUUGAAAAAGCAAAUAUUUUGUUUUCUAAUAAUAUGUGGAUUCAGUUUUGUUCUAAAAUCAGAUUUUACUUUCUCCAAGUUUCUCUG